UGCGGAGAGAGAGAGAGAGAGAGAGAGAGAGCGUGUGAGCCGCUGCUGGGGCUGAGACGGGGAAUGUUCGGCUCAGGUUACCGUGUUUCGGCUGCGCCGCUGGUCCUGACGGCCGUGCUGAGCAGUUACCUCCUGUACCGGCUGCUCAGCGGCCGGAAGCUCGGGGAGGGCAGAGUGAACCUGGGAAUCCACAAGAACCUGCCCGAGGUGGUGGACACGGUGGACAUAGAAGAUAUGGGCCAGAACACCGUCUUCUGCAGGUGCUGGAGAUCCAACAAGUUUCCGUACUGUGAUGGGUCUCACAGUCAACACAAUGCAGUGAGCGGAGACAAUGUGGGCCCUUUGAUCAUAAUCAAAAGCUAAAGGGUCUUUGUCAGUCGCUUUGAACAAUAUUGAACGUCCAAACCCUCCGACCUGAAACUGGGAGGUUCCAGCUCUGAAGUUAUUGCCGGUGUGGGCUGGUGACAUUGUGUGUUUGGGGGGUUUUCCCCCCAUUCUAGACUAACCAUUUAAUGAAAUAGGAAGGAUAGAUUUUUGCCUUACACUUUUCCAAUUCCACUUGUGCGUCGACUUUCAAAGCGAAAGGAGUAAUUUUAUCGAACAAAAUUUCACUCUCGGGCUCCUAAGUUCCUUGCGUCUGUCUGUUUGACGAUAAAGAAAAAAAUUAAAGCGGGUUGUUUAUCCACAGCCCUCUGAUGUCAUUGUUUUUUUUUGCUUAUUUCACGGCU